AUGACACAGCUUUUAAUCUUGGCCCGCGAAAGGUAUUCUCCUCAAGUUUGGCUCAAUUUCAAACGCAAGUCCACAGAAGGAUUUCAUAUUGGUGGUGUGUUGCUUGAUUUUGGAGGUGGCGUUCUUAGCUUGUUGCAGAUGGACCUCUACUGCUUCAUUGAACACAGUAACAAGCAACUCACUGGAAACAUUCCCAAGAUGGCCUUAGCUGUGGUCACACUCCUGUUCAACAUCAUACUGGUCUGGCAGCAUUAUGUUUUCUAUUUUGGAAAUGAAUAUGAUCCUAGUGAACAAGAACCCCUGUUGAGAGAUGCCAAGAAGACAAAGUUUUAUGCUGUAGAUGUCAAUGCUGAAGAUGGAGAAUUUCUGGUGAGAAGUUUGUCUGUUUCUGAUGAACAGAAUGCUGGAGAGACAAAGAGAAAUUCACAGGAGUCGCUUGUGUAAGAACAUAAUGUCAAAUUGGUUAGUGGAGUAUAUUAUGGCUAUAAAUGCACAACAUAUACAUUGUAUAAGUAUAAGUAACUAAUUUAACUAGGCUGAAGGAAAGAUGGUUUGCGAUUUAGAUAAUACUGUUAAAGUGAUAUUAAUAUAUAUUUUUCGACCAAUAAGGAUUUACAUGAAAUUGUUGUCAGUCAAUUUGGUAACAAAUUUAUGGAUAUAUGUACAUGACUUUUAUAAUAGUUUUAAACACUGCGAGAGACCAUACCGUAAAAAUGUUCUGGGAGACUAUUGCAGAUGUACAAUGGAAUGUUUAUUACAGAUGCAAAACAAAAUUAAAAAAAAAAA